CAAAAAUGUCAUUUCGCUUUCAACAUUUUGUUGAACGAAACCCUAACAGGCCUUAAGUUUCUAAUAAAACCCUUUUCAUCUCCCUUCGCCCUCAUUUCUGCUCUUACAUCGACACCCCUACGCCGCCGCACUCUUCCGCAACUACAAUGGCGUCAGAGAGGAAGCUAGCUAAUCCAAUGAGGGAGAUUAAGGUUCAGAAACUGGUUCUGAACAUCUCCGUUGGUGAAAGUGGUGAUCGUCUCACUCGUGCUGCUAAGGUUUUGGAGCAACUCAGUGGCCAAUCCCCUGUCUUUUCCAAGGCAAGGUACACUGUGAGAUCUUUUGGGAUCAGGCGUAAUGAAAAGAUUGCAUGCUAUGUAACUGUUAGAGGAGACAAAGCAAUGCAGCUUUUGGAGAGUGGAUUGAAGGUUAAGGAAUAUGAACUUUUGAGGCGCAAUUUCAGUGACACUGGUUGCUUUGGAUUUGGUAUCCAGGAGCACAUUGAUCUUGGUAUCAAAUAUGAUCCCUCAACUGGAAUCUAUGGAAUGGAUUUCUUUGUGGUUCUUGAAAGGCCAGGAUACCGUGUGGGAAGACGCCGAAGGUGCAAGGCGCGUGUUGGGAUCCAACACAGAGUUACAAAGGACGAUGCAAUGAAGUGGUUUCAGGUUAAGUAUGAAGGAGUUAUCCUCAACAAAUCCCAACAAAUUGGAGCAUAAGAGAUUUUGUUAUGUCCAUUUUGUCUUUUUCAAUCCAGACUAGUUAUGGUGUUGUUUUUGAUUUGUUUAUGUUAUGGUAGUAGUUCUUUUAGGCAGGAAGUUAUGCAAACUCCUUUUCAUUUUGCUCAAAUGUUUUCUACAAGAUUCUUGAGAUAAUGUUUUUGUUUUGGUAUCUUUAACAGAAAAAUGCUUUGUUUGA